UCCGUAGUUGCCCAGAUGACCACUGCGUUUAUUUGUUGUCAUAGCAACGUAAGAACUCGAAAACGCUUCUACUGUCGGAAGGGGGAGUUUCUUUAUUCCAGCGUACACAGAGGGAUGUCUGCUGAAGCACGAGAGCACGAGGCUCUUCCGGCGAAGCCCCCCCGCGCUGGGAAAGAUGUCAAAUGCCUCAUGUCACAGGAUUCAGACUUUCAUCACAGACGAAAAGAUGUCAGGAAACUCAGACGUGCGUUUGGCCAAAGAAGGUGCUUCCUGGGUUUGGAAACUAGGACCGAGUUGGUGUGGGAGGAUUGGGAGCCAGGCGGAGAGUUCACAAAGUCACUGGUGUUGAGGAAUGUUUGCAACAAGCUGCACAAACUAAACAUAAGACCUCCAGAAACCGGGUUUUUCCAAAGCUUUGUUCCUCACACGGUUCUUCUAAGUCCUGGGAUUUCUUACUCCAUUCCGGUCACCUUUAAACCUCUUCAGAGAUGCGAGUACGAGGACAGCAUUGAGUUUCAAAGCACAGAGGGGAAAUUUCCAGUGAACCUGCGGGCCAUCACCCCCUCUCACUCCUUGAAGGCACCUGAGUCGGUGCUGCUGCCCCUCUGUGCCGUCCAGCACUCGUCACAAGCUCAGUUUCUCCUGAAAAACCUCAGUAAACUGCAGACGUCCUUCCUGUGGGAUUGUGCGGCACCGUUCCGCAUCAGUCCGGCGCGAGGCCUCCUGAAACCGGAGCAGGCGUGCAGCAUCACAGUGGUGUUUGAGCCCCAGGAGGCGCUGGUGUUCCAGCAGCAGGCCCACUGCAAGUUUGGAGAAGAGGAGGCCUGGACCGACAGCUGCUCCGUGCUUCUGCAAGGAGGAGCUAAAUUUCCACAUCUUCAGCUCAAAAGUCCUACAAGCACAGAGGAAACAGACCACAGAGGUGCAGUGCUGCAGUUUGGGCCGGUGGCGGUUGGUCACAGUUUGUGUAAAUCUCUUGAGAUCUUUAACCCGUCUCUUGUACAGGUGUCCUUUUCUCUGUCGCGACUGCCCGGCGUGGCGCCUGUGUUGGGGUCAGAGUUCAGCUGUGACGUCACUGAAGGGGUGCUGGCGCCCGGAGCCUCUCUGCAGGCUUCAGUCACAUAUUCUCCAGCAGAGGUGGACGCCGUCUCUGUGGAGUACCUGUCUCUGACGUACAGAGGAGCACUCAGCAAUGCUCAGAUUAAACUCACUGGGAGGUGCACAGGACCUGACGUGUCCCUGUCCUCCUCUGUGGUGGACUUCGGGAGUGUUGGGGAGCAGCAGAGUGCAGCUCAGACUCUGCAGCUGCUUAACUCCUCUUCUGUUGCGGCUGUCUACCAAUGGGAACUAAACAAUGCGAACAGUGUGUUCAGCAUUCAUCCAGCAGGGGGCACUGUUCCCCCUCAGAGCCGCAUCAAAGUCACAGCAGUUUAUAGACCUAGGAGUGUUUUGGCGCACUGCAGGAGAGUGGUGUGCCUCAUACUGCACAGGGAGCCCCUGUUUCUGGACUUGGUCGGAAGCUGCCAUUCGGAGCUCCAGAAACCUGCCACACUGGAACCCGGAUAUCUGAAGCUGCUCCACGGGGGCCAUCCAGGAGACACUCAGCCUCAUCCUAGCGCAAAGGUGGAGCAGCUUGAGGGACACGCCCCCAUGUUGGAGGAGCCAAAUAAAACAGCAAACGCUGCUGUUGUCAGACCAACCCCACCAAUGGAGGAGCUUUUCCGAGUUUACACGGGAAGCAGUGAGCUUUUCUCUGCAACGUCUCCUCCACAUGUGUCUGUGACGCCGCUCGAGCUCCUGUUUCAUCACAGAUUAGCUUCAUCGUUUUCCACCGAUGACUCCUCCUCUCAGUACGUUUCCAUCAAAAACCACAGCAGCUGCAAACUCAGCCUGGUUUGGACUCUUGUCAAAGAUUCUCCGUUUACGCUCUCACCCUCAUCAUGUGACCUGGCUCCAUUAAAGUCCACUUCAUUCCUGGUGACCUACGCCCCCAAACAGCUCAACACUCUGCAUGGAGGGCAGCUUGAGUGCUUUGCAUUCAGGAAGGUCAGUCCCGGUGUGGGACCGCCGGGACCACCGUGGUGCGGGACCGUCCGGGUCAUCGGCCACUCCUUCCAGCCGGGCAAAGAACACUUCCAACCAAACUGCUCUGUGACGCCCACUAAUGUGAGGUUUCCAGCACUCGCUGUUGUUUCCUAUCGAACCGUGCUGCUGCAGAACAAUGGAGGCCAGCCGCUCACAUUUUGCCUGGACCGCAGACCAGACUCCCCCUUUGCGGAGUCCGUGCACGUUCUGCCGAGCUGUGGUCUGAUCCAGCCAGGGCAUCAUCAGAUCCUCACCCUCAGAGCGGUUCCCACUGAGGACAGUCCCAAACAGGGGUUCACCGUGUCACUGCGACUCAAUGCAGCUGACUUCACACAGAAACUGUCGGUGCUCAGUGUGCUGGAAAAGCCACGUGUGUCUCUGGACUGCGGCCACACUUUAUAUUUCCAUCCCACAGCCGUGGGCUCGGAAACGCAGCGCCGCCAUCACGUCAGAAACUUAAGCCGCCUCCCUUUACGGUUUCAGUGGAACGUUCCAGAGUCGCACCUGAAUCUUUUCUGUGUCAAACCAGACGCUGGUGUUCUGCAUCCCAAUGAGAGCUCAAUGCAGGUGUGGUCCUUCCAUCCUGUCUCAGAGAAAACCCACCAAGUCAAACCUACUCUCACCUUCUGGCCAGUUCAGAGUGAUGGAUCUGAAAUAUCACAGCUUACCCUGGAGGUGGUUGGGAUGGGGUCCUAUGGAUCCAUAAAGGCAGAGAACCCCGUUCUGGAUGUAGGGGAGGUUCUUGUCGGAACCAGUCGAUUGAUCGAGGUUCCUCUUGUGAACGACAGCCCCUGUCCCGUCUCCUUCCGCCUCACUGUGCAGCAGAAACUGACGGGAAUCUGCUCCGCCUCGGAUUCUGAAGCCGAGAGGAGAGCUCUGCAGCUGCACAGUGAUGGAGGAACCAUCCAUUCACGCUGCAAAACAACACUCAGGUCCACUCUGAGAGCAGGCAGAAGAGCCCGGUACUUGUGGACCAUCAGCUACCAGGUUCUAGAUGCUAAAGGGUUUGCUCCACACCCCCCUCAGAUGCUGUGCGAGGUGCGAGCUGAGGGGGUGAUUCCCGUGUUACAGGUGGUCGACGCGUGCAGCUCUGGAGCUGCAGCCACAAUCAGCAAGCGGCACAUGUGGAAACUCUUCUCAUUGGACCGUUUCAAUGAGCAUGUGCGGUCUGCAGGUCUUUCUUUUCAAAUGGCUCCCAAACAGUGCUCCCUCCACGCCAAAGUCCUGCUGGAUUUCAACUUCAGUUCUUCUUCUCUGAACUCAGACCCUUCGGAAUUUAUGUUGAUGUUUCAGAACCCCGGUUCCGUGCCCGUGGACUGGGCGUUCUUGUUACCGGAGAACCAUCAGAUUGAGCUGGACUGCUGGACAGACGGAGCAGAAUUCAGCAACGUGGAGCUGCAUGAAGAGUCGGAGGAAAAUCCGUUCAGCAUUUCUCCAUGUUCUGGAACUUUGCUCCCUGGCCAGCAGAGGGCAGUAUGCUUCAGCUACAGACACGACCUCAGUGGAUCACACUGGCUGCCCGUCGUCUUCAGACUCUCCCAUGGCAGAGAGAUGUGGCUGAACUUUCGAGGGGUGACAGCAAGUUUAGAUCAACCAUGUCUGCACUUUGCAUCUAGUCAACAUGUCUUCACCUCAGUGGCUAUCGGAGACUGCAGUCCUCCAAUACAGAUGUAUGAAAUACACAACAGUGGGGCGGUGAGCGGCCGUUAUGAGGUGGAUUCAGCUGCGCUGCUGCAGCUUCAGGAGGACAACUUCAACCACCCCGUGCUGCGCUGCCUCAACCCCCGUGGAAAAGUUCGGCCUGGGGGGUCGGCUGUGCUCGAAUGGAUCUUCUCUCCACUGGAGGCUAAAGUGUACCACAUGGACGUUCCCGUCCACAUCCAGGACAGCAGCUCCACACUGCUGAGGUUUGAAGGUCGAGGCCUUCAGGCUCUGAAACUGAACCCCUCUGACUCAUGGGACUGUGAGGCGACGGUCCGUUCUGUCCAGAGGAGGCCAUUUCCUGGACAGGUUUUGUUCCUGUCAGAGGACAGUGUCUCUCUGGGUGACAUCCCUGUCUUGGUUCCAUCUUCAAGAAUCCUUUUCCUGACUAACACGUCCCACACGGACUCUGCCGUCUACACCUGGCUGUUUCCUCAGCAGAGCCUGCAGAUCAGUCCAGAAAGGGGCCGGGUUCGUCCAGGAGGAUGUGACCUGUGCGUCCUCACCUUCACUCCCUCCGACUACCCCACCGUUUAUCAGCUGGACCUCGUCUGUCAGGUCACUCCAGAGGCCGAGCUCACUGGAUAUCACAAAGCUCUGGACCUCUGGGAGGAAGAGAAGAAACGACAGCUGGAAGAGUUUAUGAUCACAGACCCAAACGUCUUUGAGAGGCUAAUCCUCCUGAUAGAAAAGGAGCCUAGAGGACUUCCAAGAGGGAUCAGAAAAGGCAAAACACUUCCUCCUAUUUGUCCCACUGAAAGCAGCAAGACCGCCGACUCUUUAUGCACCAAACAAAGCAGAGCUGAGCGAAGAAAAAAAGUUCGAAUAUGGAGGCGCCCUGAACCCCCUCGACCUGCUCUGCUGCACCUAAACGUGGCAGCGCAGUCCCACGCUCCUCAGGUGUACCGCACACACCUUCCUGAGCAGUUCAGGAAACACUGCAGAUACCUUCACCUGAUGGACACUGAGCGUACUGCGAGCACACCUCCCCCUGCUGGGCAGCCAGCAUCACUGCAUGGUCCUGGCACAGACGUCAUGAUGGACAUCUUGAGCUCUCUGCUGAGGGACAUUCUUGAGGAUUCCGUCUUUCUUCAGUCUUUAAGGACUUUGGCCUCCAAGCCGCUGGUUUACCACCCAGCAGAAACGUCCUCCUGUUCCCCCACACCAACCCCCCUUCUUCCUGCGUCUGCAUGCGGGGGGGGCACUGCAAGACCGGCACAGACUUCCCCCUCCGAGCGCGUGCCGGUUCACGCAGCUGAAGCCAUAUUAAGGAACACCCUCCAGAACCUGAUGAUGGCCGCCGUCAAAGGAGAGCUGGUCAUCACAGCCCCCCCCAGGGGCGUUUUCCUGCCACCCCCCUCGAUGAGAAACCGACUCAGGACCAGAGACAGAAGACAGGUGGAUGAGUGAAGACUUCAUGCUGCAGCUCUGCCUCCAUCCCUUCUCCUGCUGUCUCUCCAUCAGCAGUUUCCAGUGAUUCACAGAUCUGUGUGUGUUCAAUAAAAGCAUAUUUCAUAUCAUCUGCAUCUUAAGUGUAACUUCAUCUGAAUCUCAUUAACGUUUAAACUGAAAUAUAAUCUGAACACAUAAAUUCUCACAUUUGGAG